AUGUCCGACAUGAGUGUACAAAAUUCGGCUGAUGAAGAAAUCAAUGAUCAUUAUUCAUAUCGAAAAAAUGUGCAAAUGCAGAAUUCUAAAAAACCCAAAAUCACUAUGAAAGCUAAACCAAAAAAACAGAAAUUAAUAAUGGUCAACACAAGCGAUCAAAAUUCAGAUGAUGAAGAAAUUGAUGAACUUUAUAAUCAUCGGAAAAAUGAGCAAAUGCAGAAUUCUAAAAAACCUGAAACCGUUAUAAAACCUAAACCAAAAAAACAGAAAUUUCAGUCGCAUUUAUUAAAACUGGAACAAGAAUAUAAUGGUUUAACAACUAUGGUUAAUGAAAACUGCAUACGCGUAAAAAAAUCAGAUGGUGGAAAUUUUUGUAUCAAAAUACCCGAAAUCAAAACAGCAAGUGAUUAUUUGGUUAUUCAAAAAUACAAAACAUCGGACAUGGAAAAAGUAGAGUCAAAAGACAGAUGGAAAACCUCAACGUUCAACGCAAAAACUAUGCUGAACGAAAAAGAUAAAGCUGACAAUACAAUAAUAUCGGCAUUUAAUAAUUUGCAAGAUUUAUUAAUGGAUAAAUGUAUGUGUAACAACAACAAAAAAAUUGAAUCUUAUAAAUAAUAACUAUAUGUUUAUAUUAUUAUAGUUUCACUAAAUGAAACCCGUCAUUAAUAUUUGUGUAUUUUUUAUUUAUUACCAAACGGUUAAAAUAUUUGUAUUCAAUUUUAUUUUAGAAAGCUUACAUUUGAUUCAAUAAUUUAUACAAUAUGAUUAUAUUAUGGAAAAUAUUUUGGUUUAUUUUAACCAGUUA